GCGGGCAGCGGUUCAACAGGUGGUGUGACAGCUCUCAGCAGCAGGCGGCUUGCUGAAUUUCCCAGUUCAUGCUGCCCUCGUCCGGGCUUUGACGCGAGAGAGCUGUCCAAGGGUCAGCGUUCAUCCGGCACUGGGAGGAUUGUUGCCUUGUCGGUCUCGCUGAUUCAGCACCUCCGCCUCCAGCCUCUGGAGCAGCAGCACCCAAUUGCCCGGGCACCAGGGCGGUCUGUAGGGACACGCCUCUGGGCGCGAAGGGCACCGUCUCGGUGGCACAGGCUCCGUCCUCAGACUCGUUCUUUUCCCCAGCCUGCACGUCGCUCUCGCUUUUUCCGGCAGCGAUGCCAGGUGGAAGCUGGCGGGGACUCCUGGUGGUGUCCGUUUUGACUUUUGUGGGCUCCUGAGAUGGCUUUUGGUCGAGGUGCCCCCCGAACCGCCCUGCCUUUCUCUUUUUUCCUCCCCUGAUUGGGGCAGCCUCCUCCGAAGGACCUUUCCGGCCAUUUGCAGCGAUGGACCUCCUGCAGAAAAGCAAAUACAACCAUCUGCGUAAUGACUCCCUCUCUUCCCUGGAAGAUGGCUCGGUGGCGGCAGAGGGGGACUCCCCCGUCGAGCCCCUGGGGGCCACCCUGUCCCUCCCCAGCUCGCUGUCCUCGUCGUCGCUCAGCCCGAUGCUGCCCCUCGGCGAACUCUCGUCCGAAUCGGAGGACAGCCCCACCACCCUCUGCUCUUUCUUCCCCAAGAUGGCCAACUUGAAGCUCGCCAACCCGGCCACCCUCCUCAGCCUUCGGGCCUUUUCCCGGGAGACGGGCGGAUCUGGGGAGCCCCCGCCCGGGCCGGCACCACCACCACCGCCUCCUCCUCCUCCUCUUAUUCUUCCUCCUGCUGCUCCUGCCUCUGCUCCGCUCCCAGACUCAGCCCGGACUCUCGGUCUCUGUUCCCAGGAUAUGAACAAGCUGAGCUGCGGCAAGAAGAUGCGGGUGGAAGGUGGCCAGCUCGGCGGAGACGAGUGGACCCGCCACGGCAGCUUUGUCAACAAACCCAGCCGGGGAUGGUGAACCAACAGUCGGCGUGCCGAGGGUCACGGAGGGCUAACCCUUCCUCUCCUCCCUUCCCUCCCUCAGUACAUGGGUUGCGUGGAGGUGCUGCAGUCGAUGCGGGCGCUGGACUUCAGCACAAGGACUCAAGUCACAAGGGAAGCCAUUGGCUUGGUGUGCGAAUCCGUACCCGGUGCCAAGGGAGCCGUCCGCAGGAGAAAGCCCUGUGGCCGGGCCCUCAACUCCAUCCUUGGCAAGAGCAACCUGAAGUUUGCCGGCAUGCCAAUCACCCUCACCAUCUCCACCAGCAGCCUCAACCUCAUGGCGUCCGACUGUAAGCAGAUCAUUGCCAACCACCAUAUGCAGUCCAUCUCAUUCGCUUCUGGAGGAGAUCCGGACACAGCGGAGUACGUCGCCUACGUUGCCAAAGACCCCGUCAAUCACAGAGCCUGCCACAUCCUGGAGUGUCCUGAGGGGCUGGCCCAGGACGUGAUCAGCACCAUCGGGCAGGCGUUUGAAUUGCGCUUCAAGCAGUACCUCAAGAACCCACCCAAGCUGGUCACUCCGCAUGACAGGAUGGCCGGCUUUGACGGCUCCGCGUGGGACGAAGAGGAGGACCCCCCGCCCGACCACCAGUACUACAACGACUUUCCCGGGAAGGAGCCCCCCCUGGGCGGCGUGGUCGACAUGCGCCUGCGGGACGGAGCCCCCGCGGCCCCCACGCCCAACCAUCUGGGAGCCACCUUGCCCGUCGGACAGAUGUCUGCUGGGGACUACGAAGCCCGGAAACCGCACGCGGCUCUGCAAGGGAGGGAGCGAUGCCCUCCCGGCCGUACGGAUCUCUUUGAUGACCCCUCCUACGUCAACGUGCAGAACCUGGAGAAGACAUGGCAGGGCGGUCCCGGGGCCAACGCCAACGGUAGCGCCCAGAAAGAUCUGUUUGACAUGAAGCCUUUUGAGGACGCCUUGCGCGGGCCGCCCCCUGUCCCGCCCGCCCAGCUGCUGGCCUCCAUGGAGGAGCAGCUCAGCCGGGAACCCUGGUACCACGGCCGGAUGAGCCGCAAAGAGGCCGAGAGGCUGCUUCAGAGCAACGGGGACUUCCUCGUGCGCGAGAGCACCACCACGCCGGGCCAGUACGUGCUGACCGGCCUGCAGAGAGGUCAGCCCAAGCAUCUGCUACUGGUCGAUCCCGAAGGCGUGGUGCGGACAAAGGAUCACCGCUUCGAAAGCGUCAGUCACCUCGUCAGCUACCACAUGGACAAUCGGUUGCCCAUCAUCUCGGCGGGCAGCGAGCUGUGCCUACAGCAGCCCGUGGAGCGGAGGUUGUGAGAAACAGGGCUGGGGGUUUGGAUGCGGGGGGGGGCACCUCUCAGCUUUCCCCUCCCUCCUCCCGGCCUCCCUCCAUCCCUCCCUCUCGCUGCUGCUGCUGCUGCU